AUGAUAAAGACCCACGUCCCUCCCUACUCGGUGACCUGGACAUGUAAUCUAUUUAAUGUAACUCGCGACUUGUUUUCUUUCUUUCUCUUUUUUCUAUGCUUUCUUUUCUUCUCUCUGUUUUGUCUUGCUUCCAGAUUUUCUUCACUGUUUCUUUUGCUCCAUUUUUCAUUUUAUUUUCUAAUACUUUCAUUUCUCGCUUUUUCUUCAUUCCUCGCUUUUUCUUCAUUUCUCGCUUUUUUCAUUUCUUGCUUUUUUUCAUUUCUUGCUUUUUCAUUUCUCGCUGUUUUUCAUCUCCAGCUUUUUUUUUUAUUUCUUGCUUUUUCAUUUCUCGCUGUUUUUCAUUUCCAGCUUUUUUCAUUUCUCGAUUUUCUUCAUUUCUCUCUUUUUCUUCAUUUCUCUCUUUUUCUUCAUUUCUCACUGUUUUUCAUUUCUCGCAUUUUCUUUCAUUUCCCGAUUUUCUUCAUUUCUCGCUUUUUCAUUUCUCGCCCUUUUUCAUUUACAGCUUUUUUUCAUUUCUUGCUUUUUCAUUUCUCGCUGUUUUUCAUUUCCAGCUUUUUUUUUUCAUUUCUUGCUUUUUCAUUUCUCGCUGUUUUUCAUUUCCAGCUUUUUUCAUUUCUCGAUUUUCUUCAUUUCUCUUUUUUUCUUCAUUUCUCUCUUUUUUCUUCAUUUCUCGCUGUUUUCAUUUCUCGCAUUUUCUUUCAUUUCCCGAUUUUCUUCAUUUCUCGCUUUUUCAUUUCGCGCCGUUUUUCAUUUACAGCUUUUUUUCAUUUCUUGCUUUUCCAUUUCUCGCUGUUUUUUAUUUCCAGCUUUUUUCAUUUCUCGAUUUUCUUCAUUUCUCUCUUUUACUUCAUUUCUCUCUUUUUCUUCAUUUCUCGCUGUUUUUCAUUUCUCGCAUUUUCUUUCAUUUCCCGAUUUUCUUCAUUUCUUGCUUUUUCAUUUCUCGCUGUUUUUCAUUUCCAGCUUUUUUUUUCAUUUCUUGCUUUUUCAUUUCUCGCUGUUUUUCUUUUCCAGCUUUUUUCAUUUCUCGCAUUUUCUUUCAUUUCCCGAUUUUCUUCAUUUCUCGCAUUUUCUUUCAUUUCCCGAUUUUCUUCAUUUCUCGCAUUUUCUUUCAUUUCCCGAUUUUCUUUAUUUCUCGCUUUUUCUUUCACAUCUCGUUUACCCUCUUCUAUUUUCAUUUUUUCUAAUUACUUUUUCUUCGUUUCUUUUAUUUUCUUCCAUUUUCCCCUCUCUUUUCUUUUCUAUCUUAACCUCCGUUUCUCUCUUUCCUUUUUUUCUUUUCAAAUAUUAUUUUUCCUUUUAUUUAAUAUUCUUUCUCCUCCAUUCUUUCUCUCUUCCUCAUGUAUUUCUGACUCAAAACCUUAUCCUUUUUUUUUAUUUUUAUUUUAG